CACAUUAAUAUACACUCAGUACGGCUAUAGACUUCAAGCGAUUAAGGCUGUUUUCAUCAGUUCAAUAUUCUAUCGCACGAUGAUUGUGUUGAACAUUUUCGUUGCUGUUGCUUUUACUUUUCUUCUUAAUUAUUGCUGGAAAAGACGCUAUCUCUAUCUUGCGUCCUGGAAUCUACCCGGAAUUGUCUCAUUCCCGUUAAUUGGUGGAUCGUAUGUAUUUUGGAACACAACAGACAUUGUGUCGGUCGUUUCGGGAUUGCUGCGAAAAUUGGGAGCACCGUUUGGUUUUUGGUUGGGACCACGAUUCGUUGUUUACUUUGCGGAUGCAGACGAUGCAGAAAUUAUUAUCAAUCAUCCUUGUUCGAUGGAUAAGGGCGGCGUUUAUAAAUUUAUUGCGGAAAUGAUUGGUGGGCCAGGAUUGUUUUCGGCUGGAGGCGAUUAUUGGAAAAUGCACAGAAGACUUUUGAAUCCGACAGUUCAAAAUACUAAGAUUCUGAACAGCUUUUAUCCUUGCAUGAACAAAACUCUACAGAUUUUGGUGGAAAAGUUGGGAAAAAGGGACCCCAAUGAAAGCUUUGACAUUUACGAAACUCUUGAGGCUUGCAGUUUCGACAUGUUUGUUAAAAACACAUUCGGAGUCGAUUUAGACGUUCAAAAUAACGAACACAAUCAUCUGUUCCAAAUGGCAAAUGAAGCGCUAUAUGUCAUCCGCCAACGAAUAUUUGAUCCAAUCUAUCAGAUCGAUCUAUUUUUUCGAUUUAGCAAAUUAUACCAAAUGAGGAAAAGAAGCACAGACGGGAUGCGAUCCUUUAUUGAACAUGUUCUUCGAAAAAGAUUGGCCGAGCUCACCAGCGUCGAUCGGAAUCAAAACCAGAAGAAAGACGAAUAUGAAAAACGAUUGAGAAUCUUCAUCGAUGAAAUCAUUGAAUUGUCGAUUGAAGAGAAAUGCUUUUCGGAAGACGAAAUGAUAUCGGAAUCGCUGACCAUGCUAUUGGCGGGAUUCGAAACAACAGCGGUUACUAUUUCAAACAUUGUACUCAUGUUGGCAGUGCACCAAGAAUAUCAGCAAAUGGUACAUCAGGAGAUUCAAGAAACAUGCCCCAACAAUGAUGAUGUAACAUCAGACGACCUAAAUCAACUGAUAUUCACAGAACGUUUCAUUAGAGAGACUAUGAGAUUCAUACCGACAGUGCCUCUAACAACACGUAUAGCUAAAUCCGAUUUUUAUGUUGGGAAGGCUUAUGUACCUGCUGGAAGUGAGAUCAUCAUUUCGCAAUAUGAGAUGCAUCGGGAUAAAAAAAUUUGGGGGGAUGAUGCCGAAACAUUUAAUCCCGACCGCUUCUUACCGGAAAGAUUAGAAAAUCAACAUCCAUAUGCAUUUAUACCAUUCAGUGCAGGUGCCAGGAAUUGCAUAGGCAAGAAAUAUGCUCAAAUUGUAUUACGAAUGUUUGUGGUGUGGUUGGUGCGCAAUUAUAAAUUUACGACAGAUUUGAAAAUCGAAGAUCUGUCACUGAAGUGGAUGGUUGUGAUGAAAUUGAAUAAUGGCUAUCCAGUUCGAGUUGAGAAAAGAUUGGUAAAAUAAACAAAUUAUUUGAUUGAAA